UUAGAGAUGCAAGAUGGAGCAGCUAGAAGUAACAGGAAUUAUACUAAGAUUAUGUCUAUUCAACAUUCUAAUGAUAACCUGGAACAGCGCAAUUGCAGUAGCUCAUAAAGAUCAGUCUCAAAGUCUGGUUAACCUAGGUGGUCAAGGCUUAUACAAUGCCAGUGAUGAUGUAGUAAUACUCAAUGCCACAAAUUUCAAAACAAGUGUUUACGAGAGCACCAGGAGCUGGUUGGUUGAGUUUUAUAACAGUUGGUGUGGCUUUUGUUAUAGAUUUGCACCAACGUGGAAGGCUUUGGCAAGUGAUAUUCUACCUUGGAAUGAUAUUGUUGUCGUUUCGGCUAUUGAUUGUGCCGAUGGUGACAACAAUCCGAUCUGUCGUGAGUACGAGAUCAUGCACUAUCCAAUGUUAAAAUAUUUCUCUAUAAACGCACACUCGCCGUCCUUGGGUAUAGUGAUAGAAAAGGGGGACAGCGUUGAUUCAGUGAAAAGUAAUUUAAUUAAUAGGCUUGAAACAGAACAACAGGAAGGACGGGGAUCUACAUGGCCUAACAUUGCACCAUACAGGAAUGUUGAAAUAACAGAUAUAUGGAAAACUGCAUCUAGCAAUGUAAAGCAUUUCUUUCUGAUUUUCGAGAACACGGAUUCACAUUUAGGUACAGAAGUUAUUCUUGAUUUACAUAAAAUCCGCAGCUUACAGAUACGUAGAGUGACUUCCGAUAACGAACUAUUAUGUGUAAUGAACAAAGUUACCAAGUUUCCAACUUUGAUAGCCUUUGGACGCAAUGAAUCACAGAAAAUUAUCAGCGUGAGAAUACCGACGAGGCAAGGAAUUCGGCAAGCUAUCAAGGAUUAUAUACUCGCAAGAGGAAUUAAUAUCGAUGAGACGAUUACAACAGUGUCCCAUGACACUAUGCAUAUUGUGGAAAGUACACAUCAAAAAACUAUCUCAACGAUUACGAAAAAUCAUGAAGUGGUAGAGGAACAAUUACAAUUGUCGAAAAACACUAAUGAUUAUUUGUAUCAAAUUGAUCUAGAGAAUGCGCUACGUUAUUCAAUCAAUCACGAGAUAUCUUUGAUGAACUCAAUAGAUGGUGAGAAAAUGAAGGCGUUAAAAAAAUACCUUGUGGUAUUAGCGACGUAUUUUCCUCUGCGACAUAAUAACGUAUAUUUGGAAGUGAUACACGACAUUGUCGAAAAGAAGAAUGCUAUGACCGGCGAAGAGUUCAGUCAACUAGCGAAAACGAUGGAAGAAGAAAUGUCACCGGUAUAUUCGGGAGAGCCUCGUCAAUGGAUAGGAUGUAAGGGAAGUACGGAUUCAUAUCGUGGAUAUCCCUGUGGAUUAUGGACCAUGUUUCACAUGCUGACUGUAAAUUUCGCGUUAGACCGCAACAAAGAUGUUAUUCAGGCUUUGUCGCAGGAUCCUGCGGCAGUGCUGCGAGCGAUGCAUAGCUACAUUGGAACCUUUUUUGGUUGCGCUGAUUGUGCUGCGCAUUUUCUGGAUAUGGCGGAUAAAAGCAAGAUAUUCGAUGUACGUAGCAAAGAUGAAGCAGUGCUCUGGUUGUGGAAAGCACACAAUCAAGUAAAUGCCCGAUUGUCAGGCGACUAUACGGAGGAUCCUGAGCAUAAGAAGAUACAAUAUCCCGCAGCUGAACACUGCCCGGCAUGCAGACAUGUUAAUAAUAGCUGGAAUGAGGAAGAGGUUUUACGAUAUCUAAAAGUGAAGUAUGGCUAUAAUAGCAUCAAGUUUGAUGAAAUUAGCACUUCACAAGAAGUAGGUAUGACUAAUGGCAAUGACUCGAGAAUGAGACUAGAAAGACUUGCUAAGGAGACGAAGCGCGCCACGGCUUUCGGUUGGGACUUGAACAUAUUCGAUAUCAGCAUCUGUGUGGUGUUGUAUGUUACCUCAGCUGCAAUACUCGUGUUAGUAUGCAUCAAGUUCGCCGUUAAGAGGACGUAUAAAAAAAAGGGUCACAUUAAUCUACUGUCCAAAGUAUAAUCUUUUUUUCUUAUACUUUGCACUUUAUGCAUAUAAUCAUGUAACAUUUCAGG